CAAACCAAAUGCGUUCAUUUCUAGCUCUAGCUCAGGACGGAGAUGUUGCUAUUACUCUUGUUGGUUGGAUUAGUAGGAGCGGAGAAAUGUAUGCACCCUCCUGCAGCAGUUAACUAUACUAACGCAAUGUACUCUGGGAGAUGGUACGAGGUUGGUAAAUAUCAGACCCCAGGUGGAGCCGCGUUCCAGAAAGGAACUGUUUGCACCAUUGCAACCUAUGAUCCAUACUCAGAUACAGAGGGGGGAGGGGAUAUAGGAUACUCCAGUAGAAAGACUACCCCUGAUGGAUCCUGGAACAAUGCUACCGGUAUCCUUGAACCCCUGGAGAACCCAGGACACUUCCUUCAAACCCUGGUAUUCUUCGGUAUCCAGGGACCAUCCGUAGAUUAUAAUGUUAUAUAUUUGGACGAGGAUAGUGCUAUUGAAUAUGACUGCAGUGAACAUAUAUUUGGAACCCUGGAUUACUGUUUACACUUCAUGUCAAGAACUCCAACAAUGUCAGAGGAAAAGUUGGAGAUGCUGAUGGAUUUUGUGGCUGAAUCUGGUUUGAACACUCACAACCUUGAAUACAUGGUAGGAAACCAGGAGAACUGCUGGGAAUAGAAUUGUAUCAUUGUCUAAUCUUGUCAUUUAAACAAUUUCAAUAUAGAUAAGCUGGUUCUAAAUAAAUGAAUAAAAACAGA